UGACGCUGUGGGUCCAUGCAGGUAUAUAAAGGCAGGCGAGGAGAUGAAGAGAGCAUUCAGAGAGACUGCAAGAAGAAAGAAGACUUCUCUUCUUUGUCUUGCAUCAACUUUUUGGCAGUUUUUCUCCAAACACAAAUUUCUCGACGUCCAUCUACACAAUCUUCUAAGAUGAAUGCAGCAGCAGCAGCAGCAGGAGAGGACAAGGCCGCCUCCUCAGAGUUCCAGCAGAAGGAGAGCAGGCAGUUCAAGAGCAAAGCUCCCAAACCCGGACAGAAGCGGUUUGACAGCAGCCUGCCGGGGAUGGAGUCGUUUGACGAUUCUGCUGUCGUCUGCCCCUGGGAGGAGUUUGGAGAUGCAGAUCUGAGCGAACUGGCCCAGUUUGGCAUCAUCUAGACACGACACCCCCAAACCAGAGAACUCCCCCCUGUCCUGUAAUGAUUUUUCUAUUUCAUUCAAAUAAACUACAUAUAUACAGUCA